GUUCAGACAUGGAAAUCGACAAGCAAGCUACUGUUACAUUGGGUGAAGAAUUCUACUUGGGAGGGGUAGUAGGAGCAGCAUUGAUAAUGGCUGGAUUGUAUCUGGUUAUCCUAGGAAAAAAUGAAAGGAGUAAGUAUUUGUCUGAAAAUGAACCAAUCUAUUCAGUGUCUGAAAAUAAUGACAUGGAAUCCACCUUCAUUCGGCCGUUGUUGGGAAAUAAAUUGCAGAGCUGAGGCAAAUGGAUGAAUUUUCAUAUCAGCUCCAUGGCAAAGUCAGUCAUCCAAUCCACACUAAUGCCAUUUGAAGCAGCUUGCUGCUAUUGAAAUUGAAGGACAACAAACGUGAAUGAUGGAGUUUCCAACAAUUGAAAUGGGAAAAAGAAAAGUUGAAUUAUUUUGAUCAACAUGCAUCAUGGAUGGCAUAUGAAAUAUUUUUUAUUAUUAAUUCUGAAUGGAACACAGAGGGUGCCUUCUCUGAGCUCUAACAGCCUUGCUUAUGUAUUUAUUUAUGUUUAUUUGACCCUGUUGGUUUGGAUCAUCAUUUUGUGAAGAAAUUCAAUGGUAAUGUUGUAAC